GUGUGUACAGGAGGCGGGCACGCGCACAGCAGCAGCACCUGGCCAGGUGGGGUUGGGGGUGCGCGGCGUGGGCGCGCGCGCACGGGGGGUCUCGAGGCGGUGUUGGCGGUUGGGGCCGUUCAUGGCAGCUUAGUGAUCGGUGCCAAGCCUGAGAUCCCCCCCCACCACCACCACCAGACAUGAGAAGCGAGAGGGAGCCCCCGCCAGCCGUGCUGAGGGCUAAUCGGGAGAACCGGAGCGGAGACAGACAGAACCAGGACCUGGAGCCCGGGAACAGCAACAUGAAACCCAGGGAGGAGAGGAAGACAGCCCUGAGCAAGGUAGUGAUACGUCGCCUUCCUCCUAACAUCAGUAAAGAACAAUUGGAGGAGCAGCUACAUCCUCUGCCAGCACAUGAUUACUUUGAAUUUUGUUCUGCUGAUCCCAGCUUAUAUCCACACCUCUACUCUAGAGCCUAUAUAAAUUUUAGAAAUCCAGAAGACAUUCUCCUUUUCAGAGAUCGAUUUGAUGGCUUUAUCUUCAUUGACAACAAAGGUCAGGAGUACCCAGCGGUCGUUGAAUUUGCUCCUUUUCAGAAGAUUUCAAAAAAGAAGCUGAAAAAAAAAGACACAAAAGCUGGAAGCAUUACUGAAGAUCUUGAAUACAAGAAAUUUUUGGAGAACUAUUGUGCAGACGAUGAGAAAAUAUGUGCAAAUCCAGAGAUUCUUUUGGGAGAAAUUGAAGCAAAAACAAAGGAACUAAUUGCAAGGAGAACAACCCCUCUAUUGGAAUUCAUCAAAAACAGAAAGUUGGAGAAGCAGAGAAUAAGAGAGGAGAAAAGAGAAGAAAGAAGACGCAGAGAAUUUGAGAAGAAACGAUUAAGGGAGGAAGAAAAGAGAAAACGCAGAGAAGAAGAAAGACGCAAGAGAAAAGAAGCUGACAAACAAAAGAAAAUGUCUGAAAAGGAAAUCAGGAUUAAGCUGCUUAAGAAACCUGAAAAAGGAGAUGAGGCUAUCAGUGAUAAACAGAAGGAGAAGAUAGAAGACAUUGACAUAGAGGAAGCAAAAUGGGAAAAGUCAUCCGUAUCUGGGAGUAUCAAAGUACGGCCAUUUGAAACCUUUGUCAAGGAACUCAAAGAAAAGACACAAAAUGACAGUGACAAAGAACAAAGAGAUAUUGAUAGGAGAUUUCGAGACAAAGAACAAGAGAGGCCAAGGUAUCGGAUGGAUGAUGGCAGAAAGCAGAGAACACAUUAUGAGUUUGAAAAGUUUAUGAGGAGGAAUGAAGACGAACAGAAGUGGGGAAAGGGAUACAACCAGGACCGAGGAAAGAAGGGGAGCCACAACUCUAGCUUUGCAAUGGAUGCAGUAGACAAACUGGGUAAAGAGGACAAGUGUGAUGACAUGGCAUCCAAAAAGGAGCGCAUAAGAAAUAAGGAUCGUCCGGCCAUGCAACUAUACAAGCCAGGAGCUCGCAGUUGCAUAACUACAGGAUCUAUAAAUAAAUGUGUUGUUGAAGACAUCUUUUACAGAAAGAUUGAUGCAGAGAAUAUAUCAAGAAGAAGUUCAAAACAGAGUGAAGACGCUGGCUAAAAAUUGAACAAAUUUAGUGAAAAGAACACUUUGAGAGUGGGUACCUUGCUCAUAAAGGUACAUAAGGGCCUUGUACCAGCUAGUAACAGAAGCUGAAGCCAAAUUCUGUUUUGUCAGCAUUGUUCUCUGGAAGAGCACUGGUUAAGGAGAUAAGAAUAGUUUGUAUUUCCCAUCUUUUAUUAAUGUCAGUGCCAAAAAGCUCCCAAUAAACUGCACCAAAUCUGUGCUUUGAGUUUGGGAAGUAUUUUUCUAGAAUAAGUAAUAAUUAGCUGGACUUUAAUUGGAUAUUUAACUAUCAUUAACUUAUACUCGAAAUAAUCUGUCAAGUUUCUGUGAGUAAUUUCCAUUGUAUUAUUAAUGUUCUCAUAAAUGUAUGCUUAGAAUGAAUUAGAAGAACUGUGAAUGUUUUCUACAAUAUAUUAAGGAACACUAUUCUAAGCAUUGCAGUUGGCAUAGAUUGCUUAUGUCUUAACAAUAUUAAACGCUUAAUAAUGUCAAGUAAUUAGCACCCAACUGCAAGAGCUAAAAGAAAAUAUGGUCAAAUGAACAAUGAAUACAUUACUUGAAAGAUCAACUAAACAAAGUUGAGCAUUUGCUGUUGAUAAUUUGUAUUUAGUAAAUAAAAAAGAUAACAAAAAUCUUCAUUUUUUUUUUCUGGCAUACUAAAUAACACCACCAAAAACCGUUAUUUAGAAAUGCAAGAUGAGCAGUUGUAGAGCAAAACGUAUAUAUUUUUUUAACAGCUUAGACAUGUUUCCUUCUGCCUUUAUUUCUCAACUUUUAGCAGUUUGUUCCAGAUAUUCAACAGUAUUGUUUACUCAAUAAACAGUGAAUUGUGGUGCAUUUGAUGAUAAAAUACAAAUUAAAGCCAAAAUCACUGGGAAAAAAAUAAUAAAUCUUGGCUAUAGACACAUCUCGGCUAUUUUAGCGUGAGUAUGUACAAUUUGGUUUUCACUGCAUAUGUUUAAACACAUAGGUAGUUUAUAAAGAGUGGGGAUUGGUCAUUAAACUAGACCAUUAAGUUGCAUUCUGUCAGAAAUAGACUGAUCUAAAAAAAAUCCAGACGAGCAGCAGCAGCUAGAGUAUCUCAACGUGUGGCUAGUAAUUUACAAAUGACACAAAAUAUACGUUCAACUGUGAUUGCUAGUUUUGAUGGUUUAGUAGAAAAAAAAGCAUGCUGGAGUUUUUGGACACGUUUGGUCUCAUUGAACACAGGGUGUAAAAAGCAGCACUUUAAAAUUAUUGUAUAAAGUGUGAUGUGUAUAAAAUGGACAUUGAGGUUAUACAGUAAAGGUCUUCUGACCAAAAGUGUAAAGACCAUAUACUUAUAUUGUCAACAUUCUUCUGUAAUGAAAAAAAACAUACUCAAUAAAACAAUCGAUCAUUUCUCCAGUUUAUAUGAUCA